UUACGGCGCCGUCAGCGUUUGAUUGUUGCAGCGGGAUGUAAUGUGUGAAAAGGCCCAGUCACCGCACCGUGAGAAACAGCCCGGGCCUGUGCGACCCGCGGACUACAAAUCCAAUGGUCCCCUUCUGCUUUUUGGGAAACUCUGUCAAACGAGCGCGUCACUGCGGCAGCGCUGCAUUCGGCUGGGCUGCAAAGGAGGUUUAGGGAACGAUUACCUUUAAAGACAGAUGGAGGUGUUAGUGUAGCGUUCGGCAAAACGGCUGCGAAGAAACGUAAACGGUAAAAAAAAAAAUGGCGAAGGACCAAGAAGUGGAGCGCAUCGCUAAAAAGCUAGAUAAGAUGGUGCAAAAGAAGAAUACGGAUGGUGCCAUAGACUUGCUGAAGGAAUUGAAAAACAUGAAAAUGUCUUUAGAAACGCUGCAGUCCACCAGAAUUGGUAUGUCAGUGAACGCAGUGAGAAAGCAAAGUACAGAGGAAGAGGUGCAGACCUUGGCGAAAUCGCUCAUCAAAUCCUGGAAGAAAUUGCUAGGUGGUGCCUGAAGUGAAAAUAAAAAGUAAAAAAGUUUAUUUACAUAAAAGAUGCAUUUUUUUUUUAUUAACUCCCUCCCAACAAAAAGCACAAGCAAAACACAAGACAUGCCAAAGACACCAACCACUCCAAAGUUCAUGUCCUUCCCCCCGACGCCCGUCACAACUGACAACGUUCGGACUAAGUGCCGGGAGCUCCUUGUGGCCGCCUUGAAGACGGACGAUGAUUACAAAACCAUUGGAGCAAACUGUGAGCAUUUGGCUGCACAGAUUGAAGAAUGCAUCUACCAGGACUUCAAAUCUACAGACAUGAAGUACAAGGCCAGGCUACGGAGCCGGAUCUCCAACCUGAAGGACCAGAAGAACCCAGAUCUACGUCGCAACGUGCUCUGUGGGAACAUCUCUCCAGAGCGCAUUGCCACUAUGACUGCAGAGGAAAUGGCGAGUGCAGAGCUCAAGGAGAUCAGGAAGGCGCUGACCAAGGAGUCCAUCCGGGAGCACCAGCUGUCCAAAGUAGGCGGCACUGAGACGGACAUGUUUGUCUGCGGGAAAUGCAAAGGGAAGAACUGUACCUAUACGCAGGUCCAGACACGCAGUGCAGAUGAACCCAUGACCACAUUUGUGUUGUGUAACCAGUGUGGGAACAGAUGGAAGUUCUGCUAAGCCAUGAUGCUUUUGUUCCAAGAGCCAACAGGAUGGAUAACGGAAAGUUGCUUUGUUAUAUAUGCAGAUUUUUUUUUCAUCACGAUUUUUUAUAAACUAAAUUUAAUGCUAGAGUUUAAUACUGCAUCUAAGCUGCGAUUUAGGUGUGUGUGUGUAUGUGUGUGUAUGUGUGUGUAUGUGUGUGUGUGUGUGUGUGUGUGUGUGUGUGGUUUUUUUUCCCUCUCCCCUUAAGGCCAUGACAUCUUGAGCAGCUUUGGUUGAUGUUUUUUGCUUCUGAUCAGGUCAUGUAAUCUUAUUUUGCCGCCUUAAACAAGUUGUGCCUUUUUGUAUGACUGACAUUGUACAUGGUUCAACAUGAUCUGAUGUUUAACAAAGUGUUGUGUUAAAAUGUGUAUAUUGUGGCCCCUCCCUCCUUGAGUAAACAACACAUUUCCAAUUUGCCGAGUUCUACAAUAAAAUGGAAGUGGUGUCAUGCAUCUUUAUAAAUUUCCUUGAGUAGCAUGAUUUUUAUUUCUUCCUUUUAUCAUGAAGAUGGUGUGAUUAUAUCAUAUUUAGGUUGAUUUCAAAAUAGUUUAAUGCUUUACUUUGACCUCUAAUAUAUGGUUCUGGUCUGGUUGCAAAUUAAAUGUAGGAAUGCUUUUCUGCCACUAGAUGGCUUGUGAGGAGCAUCUGCUUUGGUACAAGCUGUUAAUGAAAUAAGGCUCUAACUGAUUGUUAUGAAGAUCUGAAUUAAAAAAUGAAACAACUGCUAAUGCUGGACCUAUGGUCAGUGUCAUGAAAUCAUGAAACGCCUAGAAUACAAAUGUCAGUUAAUAUGUGAUGUGAAUAGCUGAAGUGAUGUUUUCACACAGAAUCAAACACUGGUGGAUAAUUAAGAGAACAUUAUUAUUAUUAUUAUUUUAAUAAAGUAAAUUCUGAGAGAAGGUUAGGUGUUUUGAAAUUGUAUUUGACUGAUGGUUUCUGUAAUGAAUUCUUCCAGGCAAUGUUUUCAGCCAGUAUAUUAACAGACCAGCAGGUAAGCUAAGGUUAUGACAAGCAUUUGGGAUGUUUGAGAGCAAGGAAUUGAAUCAGUGCAGUUGUAUGUUGGGAUGGAAAGAUUUAUGGGUAAGUGAAAGUUUAGAUUUCACUAUACUUGUCAGGAUGCACACCAUUGCUCCAGUACAGCUGCUGAAACGGCAGUCCUUUGUUAAGCGAUGUGGGUGGGGUUAUCAUGCGUGUCUGGACAUAUACUUUGCAAAAAGGGGGAUCAUUGCUAGAUAAGAGGAAUUUAGAACCAUUAAGAACUUGCUGAAUGCAAAAUAUGUAGUAAUAUUGUUUAUGCCAUUUAGAAUAAGCUCCCAAGGUGAUUCUCGUGUUUAAUAACCAUGCGUUUGCUUCAAAGGCAGGAAUCGAGCUUUUAGUGGAUUUUGAAAUGCUUCAAGUUUUAUACUACAAUUAUAAUUACAGGCAUCUAGGCUUGGGAUCUGUCUGUGUUAAAAUCAUUAACUAAUGCCAAUGGGACUUGACCUAUAUAUUAAAUCACUAAAAUUGUUUCCUUUGUGACUUUUUAGCCAUUAGGAUUAUUAGUCCAAUGAAACUGAAUAGCUGCAAGAAACUGCAAAUUAUUUUAAUAUGUUUUAAAAAUGCGCAAACAUACCCAAAUGAAUGUUUAUGUGUCUGUCACUUGGAUUUACUUGGCUGACGUGGAGACUCAGUGGGUAGUAUUGUGGUCUCCCACCUUUGAGAUUGCGGUUUUGCCCCCCCUGCACGGUCUAUGUCUCUCUGGGGUGAUUUUCCUUCCCACAGCCUGAAAAUGCAUGUGUAUCCCCUGAGUUUUCUGACUCUCAUAAGGUAGAUGAGAUUAAUCCACUCAUGGAUCCACUGCCCCAUGUCUGAAAGCUCUUUGGUGUGAAGUUUAGUUUAAUGACUAUAUGAAAUUGUAUUGGCUAUCAAGGUUUUUAUCAUUUCUUACUCAUUUGCCAUGCGACUGAAUUGGCUAGUGUCAGCCACAUUAUUAUGUGAUGUAUGUAGUGAUCUUUUGAUACGUAUCAGAACAUUAAAGAGGAUAAUUCUGUGGAAGCUA